AUGGGGAUGGAGGAUGGAGAGUUUGCUCGUUGGAAGGUGAAUAAUUUGGCCUUGGAGAGGAAAGAUUUCUUCAGCCUGCCGCUUCCCCUGGCCCCUGAAUUCAUCCGUAACAUCCGUCUGCUGGGACGGCGACCCAGCCCCCAGCAGAUCACCGACAGCCUCAUCAAAAAGUAUGGGACCCACUUCUUGCUCGCCGCCACGCUGGGAGGAGAGGAGUCCCUAACCAUUUUUGUGGACAAGCGCAAGCUGAGCCGGAGGGCAGAGCCCACCGGGGGGGCUGGGAACAGCUCGGGGGUCUCACUGGAGACCCUGCACCAGCUGGCAGCCUCCUACUUCAUCGACCGGGAGAGCACGCUGCGUCGGCUUCACCACAUCCAGAUCGCCACGGCUGCCAUCAAGGUGACCGAAACACGGACGGGGCCACUCGAGGAGUUUCAGGCCCUGGUGAAGAGGCUCCCUGGGGACCGUUUCCUGAACAGGACGGCCAUCUCCCACUUCUGGGCCAUGGACCUGGACGUCCAGCAUCGCUACCAGCAGCUGGGCACCAGCCUCAAGCUGCUCUCCAGGAAAACCCACCGACUCAUCCGGCGGCUCUUCAACCUCAGCAAACGCUGCCACCGGCAACCUCGCUUCAAACUGCCGAAGGAGAGGUCCCUCCCUUACUGGUGGAGCCGUGCACAAUCGCUCCUGUACUGCAGCGAGACCACCGUGCCUGGGACCUUCCUGGAAGAAAGCCACAGCUGCACGUGUCCCUCCGACCAGCCCUCCUGCCAGGGGUCCAUACCGUGUGCCUUGGGCGAGGGGCCAGCCUGCGCCAGCUGUGCCGAGGACAACAGCACCCGCUGCGGGACCUGCAACCACGGCUACGUGCUCACCCAGGGCUUCUGCCGUCCCGAGGUGGCCGACUCCCUGGAGCACUACCUGGGGCUAGAGACGGACCUGCAGGACUUGGAGCUCAAGUACCUCCUGCAGAAACGGGACAGCCGCAUCGAGGUGCACUCCAUCUUCAUCAGCAAUGAUAUGCGCCUGGGCAGUUGGUUCGACCCCUCCUGGAGGAAACGCAUGCUCUUGACCCUGAAAAGCAACAAGUACAAGCCCGGGCUGGUUCACGUGAUGUUGGCCCUCUCCCUGCAGAUCUGCCUCACCAAGAACAGCACGCUGGAGCCUGUCAUGGCCAUCUACGUCAAUCCCUUUGGGGGAAGCCACUCGGAGAGCUGGUUCAUGCCCAUUAACGAGGGCAGCUUCCCAGACUGGGAAAGGACUAAUGUAGAUGCCUCUGCCCAGUGCCAAAACUGGACGCUCACCUUGGGCAACAAGUGGAAGACCUUCUUUGAAACGGUCCACGUCUACUUGCGGAGCCGCAUCAAGUCUCUGGAUGACAGCUCCAAUGAGACGAUCUACUAUGAACCCUUGGAGAUGGCAGAUCCCUCCAAGAACCUGGGGUACAUGAAAAUCAACAGCUUGCAAGUCUUUGGCUACAGCCUGCCCUUCGAACCCGACGCUAUUCGUGACCUGAUCCUUCAGCUGGACUAUCCCUACACCCAGGGCUCCCAGGACUCGGCCAUGCUCCAGCUGUUGGAGAUCAGGGACCGGGUGAACAGGUUGUCACCCCCUGGCAAAACUCGCCUCGACCUCUUCACUUGCUUGCUCCGCCACAGGCUCAAGUUGGCCAACAAUGAGGUGGCGAGGAUCCAGUCCUCCCUGAGGGCCUUCAACACCAAGCUGCCCAACGCAGUAGAGCAGGAGAUGGGCAAGCUGUGCAGCUAAUGGCCGGGGCUGCUCAGAUCUCAGAGUGAGGGGGCCAGGAGAAAGG